AGCUUACUAAGCAACCUCUGAACGGAGUCCAUCUCGCCAACACGUCGUCCAUAGAACCAUAAGACCCUCGUUGCAUCGUGCAUCACCGGCUAUCCCACACACAACUAUGGACAAUGAAGUGCUCGCUCUCGCUUUUCCCGACUCCCCACCACAGACGUUCCGCGUCACGUCUGUAUCUGCAACGGAUCGCAUCAAAGUUUACCUUCCAGAGAAUGCCAAAGCCGCACCCGUCCUCUCUUCUGAUCCUUCACCUACGACCCUGACGCUUGACAGUCGUCCAUACUCCGUCCUCUUCACUUUCUGUCGUGACAUCGUGACAGAUACCCACGUAGUUCGCCUCGCCUGCCGACACCGACAGAACACUCGCGUCAUCGCAGUAUAUCGUUCGAUUGGCCCAGCCUCAACGCUUCCUGCUGCGGUGGCCCGCGUACUGAGUGCACCGUGCCUGCACAUCCCGGACGACUUACCGGCCGACGGCCAGUUGAAGAUAUGGGAGAUGACGGACGAUCUCGGUCCCGUCGUCCAAACCUGCGUUGAUCGUCUGCAAAGAGGCCUUCAAUAUCGUCUCCGUCCCUUCACCACGCAACGAAACCAGGUACCGAUCCUGAUGAGGAUGGGUCACACCGAGCCGGCGGAGAGAAAGAUUCAACAGAUCCUGGACGGGUUCGACCGGGAGUUUGUGGAGCUCGUUGGGUGGCUUGGCAUCGAGGCGCGCCGGUUGGCCACGGACAACUUCGAUUGUCUGCAUAUAGAGUUGGAGCGGGCGUUUGUGGAGAGAAUGGGUCCAGGUUACGACCACAAAGCUGGAAAGGCGGGGUUCGAUUGCCGCCAUACAUUGCCGGGAAGGGGAGAUCGCGUAUGGCGAGCAACCUAGCCUGAUACCUACUGCAAUCUUUACCCCGUGAUGGAGUCAUGACGACGAAUGGCAGCUGGAGAGCAAGUCUGACCUCAGACUUAGCCCAACCGGCCGGACAUGGAUAUACCGAGACCUGGCGGAUAUUGCGUCGCUAUAUCACCGGGGUAUAUCGGGAUAGCGGGGGCCAGCGGUAACCCUGGAGGGGUCAGAAGUGUAAACCCUUCUCACUCAGAGGCCCCACCGUUAGUCGUCUCGCCACCAUAGAAUCCUUCACGAAACUAUAAGCCCUUUUAGAUAGCUUUUCAUCCGGAUAGACCUGCACCCAGCCAGUGUUAAAUGAUUACCUACAGUCAGGAUGCCAAAACGGACGUUACGACGGG